AUGAAUGCAGAAGAAAAUUCCGCCAACGUGUGUCUAUUCAUGUUGGAGUACGGAGCAGAAAGAAGCUUAGCGAUGCGGAUUCCUUCACAAAGUGCAUCCAGGACGCUGCUCCCGGUUCUAUUGCCGCGAAAGAAGUUUGCCUUUGCGGAAACAAAAUCCACUUACAAUUCUGUAUGUGUUGCGCGCAGCACUGGUGACUUCAACCGGGAAAAGCGUCUUAGAAGGAAGUUGCGUCGUCAACAGCAACAAAACUGCGAUAACGAGUGGACAUCAAGAGAGAUGGAGUUUGAGAAGGCGUUGGAGGACAGGAACCCGCGGAAAACCUGCGCUCUACUAAAACAGUAUAGCGAUAUGGAUAAACGAAAGGAUACCUGA